AAUGUCUGAGGCUUGGAUCACACUUGCAACAAACGAUAAUUAUGCUCAGGGAGCUCUCGUACUAGUUCACUCACUUAGAACUGCUGGAACGACGCGCAAAAUUCAUUGCUUGAUCAGUAACGAGGUUUCCGCCCCAGUUAGAAAACAGCUCGAAGAACAUUUUGAUGACGUCUCCAUUGUCGAUGUGUUCAACAGCAACGACUCCGAUAACUUGCGUCUGAUUGAGCGCCCAGAUCUUGGAGUUACCUUCACCAAGCUUCAUUGCUGGCGUCUGACUCAGUACACCAAGUGUGUGUUCCUUGAUGCCGACACAUUGGUUCUCCGCAACGCUGACGAACUCUUCACCCGACCAGACUUCUCAGCCGCGUCCGAUAUCGGAUGGCCAGACUCAUUCAACAGCGGAGUUUUUGUGUACGUGCCAAACAACGAAACCUACAGACAACUCGUCGAUUUUGCUGUAACACAUGGAUCUUAUGACGGAGGAGAUCAAGGAUUAUUGAACGACUUCUUUAGCAAUUGGAGAGAUCUUCCAUCUGAGCACAGACUUCCAUUCAUUUACAACAUGACAGCUGGAGCUUUCUACACAUAUGCCGCUGCCUACAAAAGAUACGGAGCCAACACCAAAAUUGUCCACUUCAUCGGAAGCGUGAAACCAUGGCACGGAAGCGCUGCAGUUCACACUGGCGAACACUUCCAACAAUGGCAGAAAAUCUAUCACGCCCAUGUGAAUCAUACGUCAAGAACAAAUGAGCAUGCUGCAGUGUUUCCAUCUCAUCAUCAUACUCCCGAACACAGGAGUCACUCUGCUGAUCAUCCAAAAAUAGAACGGAAAGAUUCGAUCGUCAGGGAAAUUGGGAAUUUUGUAAUGCAUGUUGUUCAGUCUGUUAAUAUUUUGCCAUCAUACGAUACGGACGCUAAUACCAGUGAUUCACAUAGAAAUAACGAACCUCACAAACAUGACCAACAACGCGAAGAGCAUCAUGAGCUUCCACAUAAUAAGUUUCAAACGCCGCAUGAAGAAUCUCAAGAUAUAGUGGGUAGUACAGAUUGCUUUGGAAGCCAGAUGCCAAAAUACAAUGCUGAUAGUGAAACUGAUCGAGAAGUAGAGCAGAUUACUAAUAAUACUCCCUGCCCAGCGUUUGUUCCUUUUGAGAGGCGUGAGGAAUACCAGGCCGCAUCACCAUCGACUGAGGAGCGCCGCGCCGCCUGGGAAGCCGGACAGCCUGAUUACUUGGGACGUGACGCAUUCGUUCACAUUCAGGAGGCUCUGAACAGAGCGCUCAAUGAGUAAUUCGCCGACACAUUGCCUUUAUAACCAUUCUUUGUUUUUUUAUACCUACACCCCCAUUGACAUCGUAAAACAACUCGGUACAAUUACUAUUCCAAAAUUCUCUUCUCCCCCACGUUUUUUUUAAACUUCAUCUGUUGCUCUGUUGACAAUUAUCCAUAUCAUGUCACUAGGCCACAUCCCCUUUCUUGAUUUUCAAUUUGUUUUUUUUUUCAAUAAUGCUCAUCGUAGCUUAGUUGCCUGAACAGUCUUUCAUUUGUCUUAAAUUUGACUGAUGGUGUCAGACAAUUGAAGAAGUAUCAAUAAAGUUGAAUCAACAGU